AUGGCGAAGGAGAAGGAAGCCGACGCGAGGAAGCGGAAGCCCACCGCCGAACCCUGCCCCGACGACAGCCAUCAGGGACAAGGCGGCGGCGACGUCGCAAAGGAACCCCUGUUGCCGCCCUCGCCGGUGUCUCCGCCCUCGCCGGUUGCCCCGCCCUCGCCGGUUUCCCCGCCCUCGCCGAUGGCCCCGCCCUCGCGGAUGGCCCCGCCCUCGCCGAUGGCCCCGCCCUCGCCGGUUGCCCCGCGCUCGUUGCCCAUGGUCUUCCGCCGCCCAAGAAGUAGGCUUCCGCCCUCGCCGCUUGGGUCUUCGCACUCGUCGUCCCCCGUCGGCUCUCACUCAGCACGCAAGUUUCUCCGCUUCUUUGACAGAGAAACAGCGCCGAUCCCCUCCGCAGCCUAUCCCUACCCACAGAAGUCCUCGGAGGAUGAUGGACCCGAGCUCUCCCUAGGCUUCGUCGAGGUGAGAUUCUUGAUCCGGAUCGCGGUCGGAGUUCUUGGGGAUCUUGAGAUUCUUGUUUCUUUCUCUUGCUCAUUGGAUCGGUAUCGCAUCGCGCAGGAGCCGGAACAGGACUUAAUCGGCGGCGAGAAAGACAAAAUCCCUUAUAUCGGAGACAUGGAGCCCCUUUCCUCAUUAGCCGAUGAGUACCAAUCGGGCACUUUCAUCUUUAAGAGGAAGAUCGAGCUUCUUCAGGAAAAACACAGAGGAAUCAGGCGGGUAAAAAGGGAUGGAAAUUGUUUCUACCGCAGCUUUAUCUUCGCCUACUUGGAGUACCUUUGGGAGUCCCAAAAUGAAGCUGAGAUGGUGCGUGUUCUUGCAACUGCUGAAAGUUUGAGGGAGAAAUUUUUUGAGCUUGGAAAGUCGCCGAUUGUAAUUUCAAAUUCCUGCGACGUAAGAUCAAUGGAGCAAUAUUUACUGACGGAUAUGAAAAUAAAAACUCAGGUAUUCAUCAAGAUGGUGGACAAAAUUCGGAAGGGGAAGCUGAAUCAUAUGGAGCUUCUUCAGAGUUGCCGUGAAGAAAUGUCAGAUAAACUCGUUAAAUUCCUCAGGAUGGUUGCUGCUUGUGAAAUGUGCAGAAGAAAAGACCACUACGAACCAUUUGUCGCUGGGAUGUCAAACACAACUGUGGAAAAGUACUGCCAGAGGUCCGUCGAACCACUGGGGGAAGAAACUGAAAACAUGGAGAUCCGAGCUCUAUCUGAUGCCUUAGGAGUGCCACUACGCUUGGUGAAUCUUGACCAGAGCUUGACUAACGGCGUCCCUUUGGUAAUUGGUUUUGACUUUGGACCCCCUGACGAUCCACCAGACAUUGAUAAGCGUGCACCUCUCUUCACCUUGCUGUAUCGGCCUGGACAUUACGAUAUUCUGUACCCUAUCUGA